UUCCUAUAGUUCAUGCACUUCUUGUACCGUGUCUGCUAAAGGACAUAUUUAACACGAACAACAAAAAAAAAUGUACAAAAAAGUAUAUAAUCUAUUUUGAACAAAAAUGCAUAAUUAAGUACAUGUAAAUUAAGUGAAACAUCAAAAGAAACAAACGAAAAAUCCAUACUAUUAGAAACAAAAAAAUUAGCAGACUCCAAAUACACACAAAUAUACUAAUUAAAAAAAGAUGAACAUCAAACUAUUCCAAAGAAAAUAUCAUCCAGCUGAAGUUGUGGCCAAAAUAACCUGCACAAUAUUACUAAUCUAUGCUGUGUUACCGCAUCGAUUUGCCUCGCAUUACGAGUACCUGGAUGUGGAGGAAAUACCGGAAGCCUUAGUUGCUCAAGUAACCACAAAUAUAUCACAACAACACAUGGAAGAGUGUCAAUAUGAGGAGAUUCUGAAAGAAAAUACUUAUAUGUUUACACCACACUAUCGGGAAGAGUUGCUGAAUGCCGAGGAGAUACUGGCGGGUGGCGAAUACUAUCCGGAACAUUGUAGAGCCAAGUACAGUACAGCCAUAAUAGUGCCUUACCGGCAGCGAGAGGAGCAGUUGCAUAAGUUUUUAAUUUACAUGCAUAACUACUUGAGACAUCAGGAUAUACACUAUAGAAUAUUUCUAAUAGAACAAUAUGACCAGAAACCCUUUAAUCGGGCUAAACUGUUUAAUAUUGGCUCAAUAAUAGCGGCCGAACAUGAAUUUCCGUGCUUGGUGUUGCAUGAUGUUGAUUUGUUCCCCCUAAACCUGGGUAGUUUAUAUGCCUGCACCGAUUUACCUCGUCACAUGUGUGCUGCCUUAGAUAUGUGGCGUUUUCAUUUACCCUAUCGCGGCCUCUUUGGUGGUGUAGUCUCGAUACGGACCCAACAGUUUCGCACCAUAAAUGGCAUGUCGAAUAUGUAUGAGGGUUGGGGUGGUGAAGAUGAUGAUCUAUUUGAACGUUUAAAGUCACGCCAUAUAGACAUUUGCCGUUUUGCACCACAACUAAAUGAGUACACCAUGCUACGCCAUAAACCUGAAAAGAAAAAUGAGAAUCGCGUGGAACUUUUGCGUUCGGGAGCUUUACGUUUCAACAGCGAUGGUUUGAAUUCGUUAGUGUAUACGGAAAAAGGUAGACGUAUUCAUAGUUUAUUUACUCAUAUUUUAGUACAGACAUAAGUUGAAAUAGGCUGGCGUAAGAGAGAAAGAUUAUGGAAGUAUAGCCAUUUAGUAUUUUUGAAAUUAUUGUUAAUUAGGAGGUUAAUUUUGAGGUGUAGGUUUAAAUAAUGAAAACUAAUUAAGAUUCAAGAACUAGCGAUACAUUUGUGGGGAAUCUGAAGAAAUUUCUUAUUAGAAAUUAUUAUAUUUACUAGGAAAUCUUCAUAGAAUAUGAUCGCUAGCAAUAAAUUUAUUUAAGUUUUGCUUUAACAGCGACCUUUCAACCUCACCAGUUGACCUAAUUUAAAUAUACCUCGUAAGUAUUUUUCUUUUUUUUUACUAUUUUUUGUAAACAUUUUAUAAGCUUAUAAAAACACCACACACACUCUUAACUAGUCUGGUCUGUGCUUCUUUUGUAAAUAGUAAUUUAUUUAUAAACAAGAGAAUUUAUUUUCAAUUUUAUUUUUUAAAACAAGUGUUCAGCUACAGGAUUAAUCAACUCUUCCAAAAUCCUUAGAUAAGCAAACUGAAUACCAUUUAAACAACACUUUUUGUUUGUAGUUAACAAAGAAUUAAUUAAGCUUUAAUAGUAAACGAAACAAAUAAGAAAUUAUUAACAAAUUAGGUAAAUUUUAAAUGACACCAAAACUAAUUAAUACAAGGAAGUAAUAAAAUAAACAAGAAAAAUGUCUGUUUAAAUUGUUUUAAAUUUAAAUAAAGGCAUUGUGCAAAGGAUGUGUGUUUAACUGGCAUCCAUGUUUUAUAGUGAUCAUUUUUAUUAUUAGCAAAGUACAUAAUAGUUUAUUUAAACAAAUAAAAAAAUUAAUAAAUAUUAAAUGAAAAUAAAUUAACAAACAUAAACUUAAUGCAAACGAAGGCAAUAACACAGAAAUAAAUGAAAAAAAUAUACCUAUAUGAAAAAUAAUAACAAAA